AAAGGCUUUCCGAAGAAGGUCUUACGACACUUAAUACAUUAUAUGAGCUGCGUACGAAGACCUGUAAGAUACGCAUCAUAUAAAUAGCAUAGGUCAAAGGCAAAAUGCUAAAAACACUUCCUCAUCCUUUCCCUCACUUGUGCACAACUAUUCUCUUUGUUCCUCAUGCGUACCUUUUUCUUGCUCCUCUUGGCUUGUACGACGGUUGCAAGCUUUUGCUCAAUCACCCAAGCAGCUGAUGCGCCAUCGAAGCCUUCUUCAAGUGGAUUGGUAUAUCCAAAAGUCAAGCGAGUAAACAAGCAAUGGUCUUUUCGUUCUGCCAAGGCAAACGGCAAUGUGACGUAUGAUGACCCCUACGUCUGGCUUGAGCAGCCCCCUGCUAAUGACACGGCAAUUCAGCAAUUCCUCUCUAAUCAAGCUUCAGUGACGGAGUCUUACAUGAAGCGUUGUUCUAACUUGAAACAGAUUCAGCAAUCCAUUCAACAGGCUACUGAUUACGAUGAAUACGAUGAAAUGGGCUUGUUUGCAGAAACUUCUGCAUCUCCAUUCUAUCUUUACACGUUGAAACGUGUCGGAGAACAACGUCCAACAUGGUACAAAGCUUCGGUCGCUGAAUUCCAAGCAGGGAAAAAGACAAAUUUUGCCAAUCCACCAGGAAAGCCGUUCCUCAAUGAAUCCUUAUUAACCGCUGAUGGAUCAGCAAACAUCGUUGCUCAAGGUGUGAACAUUUCUCCGGAUGGCAAGAUUUUCUGUUAUCUCGUAUCAGGGGACAAUAGCGAUUUUGCAACGUGGUAUUUCCGCUCAAUCAACACACCAUUGGUGAGCGCAAAGACGUUCCCGAAGGGCGGAGAAGGAAGCUUGCCGGUUAACAUCCCGUUUAAUCAGCAAGAUGUAAAGUGGACUGCGGACAGCAAAGGCUUUUUCUAUGUCCAGGCGCAAACAAACGGAGAUGCAAAUGCCAAUUUUAUGCUCCGGUAUCAUAAAUGGGGAACUUCAACAGACAAAGAUAUUACGGUUGUGAAGCCACGUCCGAUCUUUUUACAGAUGGGCAUGAGCUAUGAUGGCCGCUGGCUUCACCUUCUUGGAUUCAUUGAUCAGUCAUUCAAGCAGUUUGCAUAUGCAUGCCUGCUAGAUGGUCAGCCUGUUUCAGAGAACAUGAAGUGGAUCUCCAUCUCGCCCGAUUAUGACUACCAAGUUUACUACAUAGGAACAGUCGAUAAUACGUUCUACUUCCAAACCGAUCAAGGCAAUGCAACGAAUGGAAAGGUUGUGAAGGCGCACUUGGAUUGGAGUAAAGCACGUUCAACGAACACUUUGACCGACAUCAAGGAUCGCCUGCAGCUUCAAGAAGUAGUUAAAGAGAGAGACGAUGCAUUGAUCCCUCAGGUGAACGCAUUUGCAUACGCUCACGAUAAGCUUAUCAUCAAUUAUAUCGAAUCUGGGAAAGACACAUUGUACCUUUAUGAUCUCAAGACAGGUAAGCAACUGCAGCACCUCUUACCAACUGAAACGGGAAGUUUCGGGCUGCUUAGGGUCUACUCAGAGAGUAAAAGAGCCGUAGUGAGCUAUUCGGCCUGGAACACUCCAACGAAGAUCUUCGAAUUGGAAUACAGCAAGACUACAGGUCAAGUUCAAUCUUCAACAGUCACAAUUCAAAACGUUCGCGGUAGCAAAGCAAGUGAUUUCUCGAUUGAGCAACUGUUUGCUACGAGCAAGGAUGGAACGAAAGUACCUUAUUAUGUCACACAAAAAGGAAAAGGCAAAGAAUGUCGCCCUACGUGGGUGCACGGAUAUGGAGCAUACGGAUACAAGGAGUCGCUUUUCUUCUUUCCCGCAUUUUUCACUUUCCUCAAUGACUACAAUUCACGCUUUGUAUGGACGGCUCUUAGGGGAGGAGGUGAUGAAGGCGGUAAAUGGCAUUUAGAUGCAACCACGACUCACAAGCAAAGAACAUAUGAUGAUUGGAUUGCAAUUUUAGAGGAUCUAGAGAGACGUAAAUUGUCUUGCCCUGGUCAAUUGAUUGUUGAAGGGGGAUCAGCUGGUGGUAUGGCAGCUUUGGCCGUUACAAAUCAAGCAAGACAAGGUCUUAUUGGUGUUGUUUUUGGUAUCCGAGCGGUGACGGACUAUUUCUUAAUCGCUUUAAGAAGUCGCCUGGGUCAAGCACAAUGGAGUGAGUUCGGCAAUCCCAACAUACCAGCCGAGUUUGAUGCAAUUAGAGCUUGGAGUCCGCUUCAAAACACUGUCAAAGGAAAACAAUACCCUGCAAUGCUACUUGCAGCCGGUCAAGAUGAUGAUCGUGUUUCGCCCGCUCAUAGUUACAAAAUGAUUGCUCAAAUGCAAUACGAACAUCCAAACAACAAACAUCCUCUUCUUCUCUAUGUUGCUUCGGGAACGGGUCAUACAGCUGCUGGUACUUCUACCGAAGGUGCCACAUUACAAGCUGCCCAUCAAUUCUGUAUGAUUGAGCAAGCCCUCGGCAUUAAGCAACAAGCGGCUUCUUGAUAUGAUAAGUGUAAUCACGUUUCUCUUUCUUAAUUCAAUGACUGAAUCACACUCAACUGAAAAGUUUCACUUAGAGUAUCAUAAUUUUGUGCAAAUCACGACAGGUAGAGUCAUUGAUUGAUGUGA